AUGGAUAUGGGAAGCAGCCCUGAACAUGCGUGCAAGAUUUCCAUGUUGUGGAACUGGUACACCAUUGAUAGUUGUUUCAUUGCCAGGAGUUGGCAUGUUCGAACCAAAGGAAUGUUUGCUGGUACAUGUAUUGGGGUUUUCUUGAUGGUAUUCUUUUCUCAGUGGUUGGCACGAUUGGCUAAAGAAUUUGACAAAGCGGUAGAUUCUCAGCGAGUUGUUAGGUCUUUUCCAUUAGAAUCUGACUCUAGUGUGGACAAGAGUGGUGACUAUUGUGCUCCUCGAGCGCAGAAAGCCAAAACCAUAGAUCAGCCCAUUCUUUACACACUCAGUCAUAGAUGGCUCUUUCAACCAGCCAACGUUUCUUUCGUGAACCACGUUAUCAAGUGUGGUUUAUUCACCAUCCAAUGGGGUUUAUCGUACCUUAUCAUGUUGUUGUUCAUGUACUACAACGGGUACGUGAUUAUCAGCUGUAUUUUGGGAGCUUUUUUUGGAAAGAUGGCGUUUUCAGUGAGUGAACCACCAGCGUUGGAGGAGGUUUCGUGCUGCAAGGAAUAG